GAUCUUCCAAUCGUCUUGGGCCAUCUUGUCUCAAAAAGCGUGGACUUGCCUUUUUUGAUCGGAUUCUUUGGCCCAUCAACGCAUGUUCACAGCCGGCUUGCCGUGAUAUCACCGCGAUUGACAGCAUUCUCCUCCGUACAUGUUUCCCCAAGCGGGGUAUUUGCAUGGGCAUGAGCACUAGGCGCGGAAGUAUUUUAACUGGUGGCUGUCCGCACUUUUAAAACAUAGCUGGGGCAUCCUUUCUUAUUCCUCAGCGACAUCGAGUCUAUCCAGGAGACAGUCUGCCCUUAUCUCUCAAAUCUUUCUGGAGGUCGGACGUAGACUUGUUAACAAGCGUCUUUUCAUCCCUCUGCCCAUCUUUUUUAUUAGAACCCUGAGGGGGUCUUUCUUUCCUAUCUUCCACGAACGCGGCGGCGGGGCGGAAGACCGCUUAGAACAUCAUGGCUCAACCUCACCCGUUGGAUCAAUUGCGGGCAGAAGAAAUCGUCCAGGCCCGAGACGUUAUAAUCCAAGCGUGGCCUGGAUCACUGCUUCAAUUCCGUUCCAUAUUCCUUGAAGAGCCCACCAAGUCAUUGUUGAUUCCAUUUCUGAAGGCAGAACACAACGGUACAUUAAAUGACGACACUCCGCGUCCACCCAGGUUGGCUCGCGUGCAAUAUGAUGUGGUUAAAGAAAACAAAUUUUGCGGAUAUACGGAAUCUGUUGUGGAUGUUAACUCGAAACACGAAGUCAGUCGACAGGAUUUCGAUACCUCUUGCCAGCCCUACUUAACAAUGGAGGAAAUGAAAAAGUUUUUCGACCUCUGUCUUCCAUCUCCAUUGUUCCAGGAGGCUACAUCCAAGUUCAAGCUACCAGAAGGGUACGAGGUAGAACUCGAACCUUGGCCAUAUGGCUACUCGCCUCCAGGAGAAACUCCUCCUCGCUAUAUUCAAGGCCUUUGUUUUGCGCGAGACAAACGCAACGGAAACUUGGAUUCCAAUCACUAUUCACAUCCGAUACCAAUGAUUGCCAUAUUAGACGUGUACAAACAAGAGAUUGUUCAGAUACAGAAACUUGCUACCGGUGGAACUGCGGAUGGACUAGCAUAUGAUACCCAUCAGGAAAAUCCCGUUGAUCAUUGUCGCCCUGCGGAAUACGUUCCUGAACUCGCUGAUGUCGAGUACCGUACUGAUAUCAAACCAUUAAAUAUUAUCCAGCCGGAAGGACCGUCCUUCAAAGUGAGCGGCGAAAGUCUGGUCGAAUGGCAGAAAUGGCGGCUCCGCGUAGGAUUCAACCCUCGCGAGGGCGUCACGCUCCAUGACGUCCACUAUGAUGGUCGCAGUGUUUUUUACCGUCUGAGUUUAUCUGAGAUGACUGUCCCUUAUGGUGACCCUCGUCCACCCUUCCAUCGAAAGCAAGCCUUUGAUUUUGGUGAUGGAGGUGCUGGUCGCUCCGCAAACAACUUGUCUUUGGGAUGCGAUUGCUUGGGUGCCAUUAAGUACUUGGAUACUUUUAAUACUGAUUUUUCUGGACAACCAAUCCCGGCCCCAAACGUGGUGUGCAUUCAUGAACAAGAUAAUGGCAUUGGGUGGAAGCAUACCAAUUUCCGUACUGAUCGGCCCGUUGUGACACGGUACCGGGAACUGGUCAUUCAGUAUAUUAUCACGCUUGGAAACUACGAAUAUGUUUUUGCGUAUAAAUUCGACCAGGCCGGAGCCGUUAGCCUUGAAGUACGACCGACUGGCAUUAUUUCAGUAGUUAACAUCGAUCCCGGCAAAACUUCUCCGUGGGGAAAUGUUGUCGCACCCGGUGUUCUCGGCCAAAAUCAUCAGCAUCUAUUCUGCCUACGGGUUGAUCCUGCUAUUGAUGGGCACAGCAACACAAUCUUCCGCGAAGAAUCCUUGCCUAUGCCGAUUGACCCUGCCACCAAUCCUUACGGGAACGCCUAUAACGUUGUAUCACAGCCAAUCGAGAAGUCCAGCGGAUUUGACGCAUCUCCAUUUACUAACCUCGUCGUUAAGAUGUCUAACACUAAUAUACGAAACCCAAUAUCCGGCAAACCGGUGUCUUACAAGUUCACACCGCCACCCUCUCAACUCCUACUAGCAGACCCUCAGUCUAUUAUGGCCCGUCGAGCCAAAUUUGCCAGGCAUCAUCUGUGGGUCACCUCUUACAAGGACGGCGAAUUUUACGCCGCAGGAGAUUUUACAAAUCAGUCCCACGAGGAACGAGGUGGACUUGCGGAUGCAGUUUCUCGCGACGAGAAUACAGUUGAUACAGACAUCGUGCUAUGGUCUGUCUUUGGAUUUACCCAUAACCCGAGAGUUGAAGACUGGCCAGUCAUGCCAGUUGAGAAAAUUGAGCUUCAGUUCCGCCCAUCUGAUUUCUUUGAUCGCAAUCCUGCCUUGGAUGUUCCCGCCGUUAAGAAUACAGCUAGUGUCCUUGUUGGGAACAAAACUUGCUGCCAGUCCAGUGAAUAAGUUGUCGGGGAAGUUGAGGAAGGGCUUACUUUUCAUAGGUAUGCCACGAUAAUGGAACUGCUAUCACAAGAUGAAAAGGCUGAACUGUAAAUGAUUUGUGUACGACUCGAGUUGAUUUUGGGAUUUUAACUAUAACGAUGUAAAUUUCUUUUAAUCACAACGUCGCUGGAUUUUCAUUAAAA